CGUCAGUGUGAGACUAUUUCCGGGAUUGUGAGGGAGCUGGUAUUAGGGAGCAGAGUUUUGACUGUUUGGUGAUUUUAAAGAAAUUUGUCAAAAUGAACCGUAUUUUCGGUAGAGGAAAGCCCAAAGGACCAGCUCCCAACCUGACAGACUGUAUCGGAAACGUUGAUUCUCGAGCUGAGUCCAUUGAUAAGAAGAUAUCCAGACUUGAUGCUGAAUUGAUGAAAUACAAAGAUCAGAUGAAGAAAAUGAGAGAUGGACCAUCAAAGAACAUGGUAAAGCAGAAAGCCAUGCGGGUCCUUAAACAGAAGAGAAUGUAUGAAGGACAGAGAGAUCAGCUGAUGCAGCAGUCGUUUAACAUGGAGCAGGCCAACUACACCAUUCAGACACUUAAAGACACCAAAACAACUGUGGACGCUAUGAAGGUUGGAGCCAAAGAAAUGAAGAAGGCUUACAAGAACGUGAAAAUUGAUCAGAUUGAAGAUCUUCAAGACCAGUUGGAAGACAUGAUGGAGGAUGCUAAUGAAGUACAGGAGGCUCUGAGCCGCAGCUAUGGAACGCCAGAUAUCGAUGAAGAUGAUCUAGAAGCAGAGCUGGAUGCACUUGGCGAUGAGCUGCUUUUGGACGACGACAGCUCUUACCUUGACGAGGCGUCCUCAGCACCAGCUAUACCAGAAGGCACUCCAGGAGAGAGGAGCACCAACCGGGAUGGUGUUCUGGUUGAUGAAUUUGGACUUCCUCAGAUUCCAGCAUCAUAAAAAACAAAACGAAGAACCUCUUAUCUCCCUUAAACUUAUGCAUCGGACAUGUAAAAAGACUCUGAUUCUUGCAUUUACAAUUUUUUUAAGAAACAUUCAUAUAAGAUCAAGUGCUCUGGGGUUAAAGACGAAGUAUUCAUAAUUGCAAACACAGCCAAUCUUUAUCUAUCACCCUGCUUAUUUUCUUGUUUCAUAAGGAAUGUAGUCACUAACUAAAUGUCAGGAAUAAUCAUUAAGGUCUGUAGUUACAAUAACUUGAUUUACCUUUAAUUAUCAUAUACAGUUCUUUGUAUUUUGUUUCUAAGAAAGUACCUCAUUGACUUUGUACAGCAACAAUGGGUUGCCAUCUUUCAACAAAUAAAUUAUUCUAUAUUUGACAA